AUGGUGAACGAGUUGGAUGAGCUGCCCGAGUUCAUGCCGGGCAGGCUGGAAGAAAUCUACGCGUGGCUGGCCGUGUGCGACGCCACUAGUGCAGCGGACAAGCCGUCAUUUCUCCCGCGCAUGCGGGUGGCGGAGCAGGGGGCGGGGAGGGCGCUGGGGGUGGUGGCGCAGGCGAACGCGGCGUGGCAGCUGUUCCUGCACGCGCACGUGCAACCCGACCCCUGGCUCCCCGAGUUUGACGUCUUCGCCACAAACAUACUGCAGGCAUGCUGGCGAAAGUACACAGACGACCACAGCCGUACGAUCCUUCCCAUAUCGUCCGACGGCUGUCCGAUCGACACCAGCAGCACCGUAGCUGCAGCAGAGAGAGAUGCUAGGGGCAUCGUGGUUGAGUGGCAGAAGGAAAGGGAGAAGGAAAAGGGGGAAAGAGGCAGGAGGGAACGCGGGAAGGAGAAGGGGAAAGAGAAGAAGAAGAGUAGGGGAAAGAGCAGGGAGAAGGAAAGAGAGGAGAAAUUGAAGGCGAGGGAAGAGAGAGCAGAGAGAGGGAGGGAAGAGAGAGGGGGGGACGAGGGAGGAAGGGAAGAGAGAGGAGGGGGUGGGUUCAGGAGGAGAAGAAGCCUUUCCGGCCCAGAGAAUAACACAGGAGGAGGGAAGGGACGCAAUAUAUGGGGGGGCGGGGGAGGAGCAGGACGAUCCCCUGGAAAGCUCGGGUUUUUCCGGUCCCGCCUUCCCUCUCUUCCCCUCCUUGCGCCGUCAAGUGCUGAAGACCCUCCUCUUGCUGCUGCUGCUGCUGCUGCUGCUGCUGGGGGAGGUGAUGGUGGUGCUGCUGUUGCUGGUAGUGGUGGUGGUGCUGCUGGUGGUGGCAGUGGCAGCGGUGCUGGUUUGACAAUCACUGUCCCGUCGUUCCGAUCGCGGUCCCCUCUGCCCCCCUUAACGCCCAAGACGCCCCGAACCGGCUCUGGGUCAGCUCUCAAGUCACCCAAGCAACAAACCGCUUGUGGUGCUGCUGCUGCUGGUGCUGGUGCUGGUGCUGGUGUUGGUCGCGCCGAGAUGCUUUUUGAGGCGCCUCAGAGAUCGCCCAAGCAGCGAACCGCACGGCCUGCUGCUGUUGGUCGCACAAUUCCUCGCCUGAAUGCCCUGGAGCGGCUUGGUGAGUAUGAGAGGCUUGAUAUUCCGGGAAAGCUUGGCACGGCCUUGAAUGACAGUGCAAGGGAGGAGUCUGUGCCUUCUGCUCUCUGGCGGACAACUAGUGUUCCUGCUGCUGUUGCUGCUGCUGUUGCUGCUGCUGCUGCUGCUGCUGCUGCUGCUGCUGCUGCUUCUAGUAGAGGUGGUAACAAGGAGGAGCAAAAGCAGGAGAGGCUUUUAAUCCCAGAUAGUCUUGAGGCAGCCCGCAGUAAGUGGGGUGGUCGAAGAUUGUCAAUGCAAGGAGCUGACAUUGCUGCUGCCACAACAGCUUUUGGAGCCGCUACUGCUGGGUCGUCUACUAACGAGUCUGCUCGUAACGAGUCAACGGCUUAUGCGUCGGUUUUUCACGAGCCGGUUGUUAGGGAGGGGUGGCAAGUGCCAGCUGGCGCCCAUCCAUUGGAGAAAAAACGGUUGGGGCAGCGGUGGGCUGAUUUUGGCUCUUGGGAAGGUGAGAGUAUUGCAACUGCUGCUGUUGCUCCUGCUGUUGCUGCAUCAAGCCAUACCACUACAGGCAACACCGGCACAAGCACCACCACUGGUGUGAGCAACAAGACCAGCAGCAGCAGCAACACGCGGCUAGUGGCCGCUAACGCUGCUGCUCGGGUGAACCGAAGGUGGAACUCAGCUGCAGUGGAACGCCGGCCGUCUCGAGAACAAAUGGAGGGCGUUUCUGGUAGUACUGCUGCUGCUGCUGCUGCUGCUGCCCCUGCGGCUGGUGGUGGUGGGGUUGGGGGUGGGGGAGGGGGUGCGGGUGGUGGUGGCGCUGCUGCUGCUGGGGUUGGGGGAGGGGGUGGUGCUGCAGCUGUCGUUGCAGGUCCUUCUGCGGCUUUUUUUCCGAGGGAUGUUUCUUUCGAAAGCAGCUUUUUGUCGCAGGGGAGCGAGAUGGCAUUUGGGUCGACUCAAAAGUCAUCUGCUGCUGUUUCACAGAGGGAUGAUGCUCCUUAUGAAAGCGCCAUCUUGUCACAGGGAAGCGUUUCUUCUUAUAGCAGUGGUGAGAGCGGCGGUGGCGAUGGGCAGAGGGGAAAACACUCAGACUGGCAGCAGCAGCAGCAGCAGCAGCAGCAGCAGCAGCAGCAGCAGCAGCAGCAGCAGCAGCAGCAGCAGCAGCAGCAGCAACAACAGCAGAGGCAUAUGCAACGGGGGCAGUGGCAGCAACAGCAUUUGGAAUGGCAGCAGGGAUUGUGGCAGCAGCAGCAAAAGCAGCAGGCGUUGGUGCAAUCUCGACCACCUCUCUCCCCUCGAAGGGCCGUGAGUUCGAUUCAUGAGAGCAGAGACAGAAACCAGCAGCAGCACAGACAGGCAGAGGAGGUGAAUAAGACAGCUAAGAAUUUCCCCUCCCCUAAGUGGUCGGCCAGUUCGAUUCAUGAGAGCAGAGACAGAAGCAGGCAGGAGUACGGACAGGCUGAAGUGGCUUAUGAGUCGACUCAUAGACUUCCCUCCCCUAAGCGGUCGGUCAGUUCAAUUCAUGAGAGCAGAGACAGAAGCAGGCAGCAGUACGGACAGGCAGAGGAGGCUUCUGAGUUGCAUAGAAAGCUGUCCUCCCCCCGGAGAUCUGUGACUUCGCCUCAUGAGAGCAGAGACAGAAACCGGCAGCUGUAUGGACAGACAGAGGAGGCUUAUGAGUUGCAGCACAGGCAGUCAGAAGUGGCUUCUGAGUCGCGUAUUCAGCAGGCCUCCCCUAGGAGAUCUGUGACCUCGACUCACGAGAGCAGAGACAGAAACUGGCAGCAGUACGGACAGGCAGAGGUAGCUUUUGAGUCGACUUGGAAGGAUCCCUCUCCCCAUCGUUCUGUCAGUUCGAUCUAUGAAAGGAGGGAUGGGAACCGGCAGCAGUACGGACAGGCAGAGGAAUCUUUUCAGUUGAUUCGGAAGGCUCCCUCUCCCCAGCGUUCUGUCAGUUCGAUCUAUGAAAGGAGAGCUGGGAACCGGCAGCUGUACGGACAGGCAGAGCUGCCGGCAUGGCAGUGGCAGCACGCGGGAAUGCAGCAGCAUGAGGGGCAGCAGGAGGAGGUAAUGCAGCAGCAUGGGGGGCAGCAGGGUCAGGGUCAGCAAGAGCGGGCAAAACAGCACAAGCAGCUGCUGCUGAUGGGGCAGGGGGAGGGGAAGCAGCAGGGGGAGGGGCAGGGAUAUGUACCUGAGGGGUUUUCUGCUGCAGUGGUGGCACAAAGAGAAAACCCCUCAAGUUUCUGCUCAGUUUCUGAGGCGCCUGUCCUUCCGCCUCCUGUCUCUGCGUCUCCCUCUUUUUCUUCCUUUGUCUCCGUGAUUGCCUCUUCAUCUCUUGAGUCUGCUGCUGCGAUUGCCGCGCGAGCAGCAGCAGUUGUUGAUGCGCCUAGGGUUCCACCUCCUGUCUCCGCAUCUCCCUCCUUUUCAUCUUUUGUCUCCUCGUCUCCCUCUUUUUCUUCUGGUUCUGCUGCUGCAAUCGCCGCACGAGCAGCAGCAGUUGUUGAUGCGCCUAGGGUUCCGUCUCCCACCUCCGAGUUUCCCUCUUCAUCUUUUGAAUCAGCUGCUGCAAUCGCUGCACGAGCAGCAGCCAGAAUUCGCCGCCCCUCCCCUCCCCCUCAAUUCCUCCAUGCAAGCCCAGCGCUGAUCAGACAUAAAACAGACCCAAGGCCAUUCGAUACAAGCACAUCCGCUUCUACCCCACCUGCUCCAACAAGCACGUUGGAUUCAGCAGCCAGAAUCCGUCGCCCCUCCCCUCCCCCGCUCUUCCUCAAUGCAAACUCAGCAGGGGUGCGAAACACAGCAGACACAGCGCCAUUCGAUACAAGCACAUCCGUCACUACAAGCACAUUGAAUGCAGCAGCCAAACUUCGCCGCCCCUCCCCUCCGCCACUCGUCCUCCAUGCCAGCCCAGCACUGGUCAGACAUAAUACAGACCCAAGGUCAUCCUAUACAAGCACAUCCGCUACGAGAAGCACGAUUGGUGUGGCAGGAGAUGUGACAGUAACGAGGGCAACGCCCUCGUUUGUAUCCGUCCCAGGCGUGCAAGCUCUCUCCACAGACCCCCUUCGUUAUAUGCACCUCGUAUCGCCUCGUCAUUCCCAUUCCCGCGCUACUCACAGCGUGCAGCAGCAGCAGCAGCAGCAGCAGCAGAAGGAUACUCUAGCACAUCCGCUUGUGUCACAACUAGGAGAGAGGGAAGCGGAGGAGGAAGAGGUGGGGGCAGGAGAGGAAGCAGAAGAUAAACAACUUGGAUUCUACCCUGAGACUAACCCAGAAGAGUACCCAAUUAGUUUGGGUGCUUUUGAAAUCUACCCGAGCGCUUACUUACCGGAUAUGGGUACGUAUGCAAUUAACCCUGUCAAUAACUACCCGAAGGUAGGUGUGGGUAUGCAUUUUGAUGACUCGUAUGAGCCACUCAGGGAUGAGGAGGAAGAGGAGGAGGAGUGGAGGGAGGAGGGGAGGGAGGGAGAGGAGUGGAGGGAGGGAGAGGAGUGGAGGAAGGAAGAGGAGGAGUGGAGGGAGGAAGAGGAGGAGCGUUUUUCAAGGCCUCGAAAGGUGGUGAGCAGCAAAUGGGGAGGAGAGGGAUUGGGGAGAUGGAUGGAAGAGAGUGGAAGUGGAAGCGGGGUACGGAUUUGUCGCAGUCAGUCUGAGGAGAGCAAUCGGCCUCAUUACUGGCAGCAGCCGCAGCAGCAGCAGUUGCAGCAGCAGCAACAGCAGCAGCAGCGACAGCAGCAGCGACAGCGACAGCAGCAGCAGAACAGUGUUGUUCGCAGCGAGAGGGGAGGAGAGGGGCUGGAAGGUAGUGGAAUUCAAAGAGGAAUGCGGAUUGGUCGUAGUCGAUCCGAGGAGAGCAAACCACCGCAACACUGGCAGAACCAGCAGCAGCAGCAGCAGCAGCAGCAAGGCGGCCGCGGUGUGAACAGGGCGGGCUCAUCUCACAGCAGUGGCCGGGAUCGUAGCAGAAAUCACCGCAAGUCCCUGAGCAUGACAUUCGACAGCAGCGGCCGUCCCGCCCCGAUCCACCCGCUCGACCCUCACACUUCCACUCCUGACAACAGCAAACCUUUCGACUCAGAGCGAAGCCAGUCGCGUGACACCUCUCGUGCCACUCCUGUCGCAAGCAGAAGGCACCGCAAGUCCUUGAGCAUGACAUUCGACAGCCGUGGCAGCGCCGCUCCCACCGCAAACGACCCUCCCUCUCCCACGCCGGACUUGAAUCAGCCUGUAAAGUCGGUGCGAAGCUUGUCGCACAGCUGGCCCACGCCCCGUCGCACACACCGCAAGUCCCUGAGCAGAAGGCACCGCAAGUCACUGAGUAUGACAUUUGACAACCGCGGCGGCCUUCCCCCCGCAACUGAUACCCAAUCCCCCGCGUAUGACCUGCAUCCCGCUGUUGAUUCGACUCAAAUCUCGUCUCGCCUCCGCGCUCCCGGUCCCACUAACCGCCGCCGCAACCUCCGCAAGUCCCUCAGUCUGUCAGCCAACAGCCGUGACAGCACUCACACCCCAAAUUACCCCGCCACUCCAACCUCUAACUGCCGUGACAACACUCACACUCCAAGUUACCCCGCCACUCCAACCUCGGACGGGCGGCAACUUUUGAGGCGCCUCAAAAGUGACAACCCUCACACUCCAAGUUACCCCGCCACUCCAACUUCUGACGGGCGGCGAACUCCGUCCCGCGUGCGCUUCAACGAUGAGGUGGACGUUCUGAUGUUUGCUGACGUGGCAGCCGCUGCUGCCGCUGCUGCUGCUGACCUGGCAACCGCACCUCGUGACUUGGCAACAGCGGGUUCUAACCGUUAUAAGAACAAGCAUGGGCGCGCAGCAGCGGGUGAUUAUAACGAGAUUUUGCACGGGUAUGGAAGCAACUCGGAAGGAGAGGAAGGAGAGGAGGGGGAGAUCGUAGAGGAGGAGAGGGAGCUGCUCUCAAGUGUUUCUCUCCCUCCCCUCAGCUUCUCCCUACUGCUGGCUCUUGAGGAAACCAGCACUGCCGUCUCUUCACCCACCAGGUUUCCCCGCAGCAAGAGUCAGAACUAG